AUGCUGCCUCACCGCGUGCGCGUGAGGGACUUCGCGGCGGCGCGCUCGUCGGAGUUCGCCGCCCUCUACGCCGCGCUCGACCGCGCGCGCGCCCCAACGGUCGGCGCUGCCGCCAAUGCGCCUGGGGCCGACCCACGCGGGGAGCGGAACGGCCGAGCGGAUAGUGCGGCGGGAGAUGCGGCGGAAGGCCGCGGAGGAGGAAGCGAGGGGCGUCGCGUGGUGGGGCGGCGCGAGUGGGGCGCGCGGCGACGGCGCGAUCGAGUGGCCGUGAGGCACGGCACGCCGCGGCACCUGAUCCGACGGACCAGCAGCUUCGUGCGGCGCGGGGGAGCCAGAAAGAGCGGGGCGGGCGGAACGAAGGGGGUGGGCGGAACGAGCGGGGCGGGCGAUGCACGUGAGGACCUGCGACGAGGGCGCGGGGGCUUGGCGCGAGUGGUCGCGGGGCAGUUCGUUCCGUCUCUCGCCCCUGUCGCCCCUCCCUGCGCGUGCAGGGGCCGUGGCAGCCGGGCGGUGGUGGAGGCGGUGGGCAGGGCGGCCGUGCUGCACGACGCGUCGUACCACUCCGCCAUCCAGCUCACUGGCGCGCAGGUGGGCUGCCCACUGCUAGCUUGCUGUUCCAUGUCGCACUUCCCACCAUGUCGCACUUCCCACCAUGAAAAAUCUUCUGUCUACCCAUUCCCCUCCCAUGCACCCGUCCAUUCAUCCACCACCCCUCCCCCCGCCCAGGCGGACAUCUCCGCUCUGCUCGCCUGCUGCACUUCCCCAGGCGCACUCCCCCUCGCCUCUCGCCCCGCGCCUGCCACCCCUCACACGGCGCAUGCUGCACGCACAGACAGGGGUGAUGGAGGGGCGGGUGAGGCGGCACGGGGGGAGGCAUGGAGGCGGGGAGUGCUGGAGCUGAGAGCGCUGGUGAGAGAGGGGGGCACGUGUGGUGGGAGGGGGAGGCAGCUCUGCUCCGUGUCGAGUGAUACCAGCAGCAGCGACGUGAUUGGUCCGGCCAGUUUCAUGUGGCAGGCAGUGGCGUGUGCGGCAGAGCAAGGGUGUGAUGGUGCUGCUCGUGCGCCUCGUGCCACCGCUCGUGCGCCGGGUGCCACCGCUGUCCUUGGUGCUGCUAGCGGUCAGGGUGGCGGGGGAGAGAGAGGCGGUGGGGAGGUGAAGGGAGGGCAAAAGGACGAGGGGUUUGGAUGGAAGCAGCGGCGGAGAGAGAAGCAGGGGCGGCGCAAGCAGGAGCAGCGGCGGCAGAGGUGCGUGUGGGUGUGGGUGCAUGCCCUCAUGCUGCCCGACGCCCUGGCCGCCCUCACAGCCGCCAGUCAGCAGCUGGACCAGGAGAGCAGCAGCGAGCAGAAAGGGUGGAGGCGGAGGCGGGUGAGUGUGGAGAGUCGUGAGGGCGAGCUGUGUCGGCUGGAGGUGGCGGGGCGAGCUGCCCUCCCCCUGCUGCUCUCCGUGCUGCGCCCCUCCGCCCCUUUCAACACCCUCUCCCCCGUGCUGCUGCCGCUACCCUUCCCUGCUGCUGCUGCCCCUGCCGCCUCUGCCUCCCCUGCUGCCCCCACCUCUGCUUCGCCUGCUGGCCGCUCUGCCUCGUCCGCUGCAGCAUCAGCGCGCCUGCAGCAGUCAGAAGCGUCCUGGAAGGUGCUGGCAGAGCAGGGGGCGCACCUCCCUGGUGGGGCCGUGGUGGGGUUGAGAGCGGUGAACGCGCGGCUGCUGGCAGGCAGGGGGAGGGAGGCUGGUGGGGUAGCUGGUGGGGCGCCUGGAGGGCGGAUAGGCUCUUCUCAUGGACAGCACACUGGGAGUGCUGAUGUGUUACACAAGGGUGGUCUGUGUUUCGAUUGGUGGAGAGAUGUGGCAGGAUCGGUGGAUGGGGCGUCCAUUGCCGCUGCUCCCACUCUGUGGAUUCCGAGAGAGCAGCACAGGGCAGCACGCUGCCGGGGGGAGCAUGGGGCACGCAGGGGGGGGGGCAAUGAGUCACACAUGGAAAUGCAUGACGCAUGGGAGGCGGAAGAGGAGGCGAGGCUGACAAUGGGUGAUAGUGGGGAGGAGAGGGCGGAGACGCGUGAAGGUGUGGGAGGGCAGCGAGGAGGAGAGGUGAGAGGCACAGCAGCCGCUGUGACCAGCACCACCCCUCUCCCCCUCUCCGCCCCGCCCCCCCAGCGCCUGCUGGAUGCGUGGCGCCGCGCGCUCAAGCUGCAGGGGCUGAUGGGGGCGCGGGAGGCACAGCGCAUGGGGGAGAGCGUGGCGGGGCAGUGGGUGCAGUGGCAGGCGGGCAGAGGGGAGGGGGGGAGUGGUGGGGAGGGGCGGGGAGGAGGAGAUGGGGCGUGUGGAGGAGAGGUGUGUGGAGAGCAGGCAGGGUGUGAUGUGGUGGUGGUGAAGCAUGGGUGCGGUGCCAUGCAGGGUGCUGCCGUGACCAGGUGUGGUGUUGCCGUGACCAGGUGUGGUGUUGCCGUGACCAGGUGGUCGGUCAUCGUGCCAUCCGAGUGGCUGCAGGUGUGCUGGUACCCGUUCAUCCUGCACGGUGCACAUGCCAUCGGGCUAGCCGAGAGGCACACGCUCUUCACAGCGGCGGGUCUGCCUCUCUUUCCUUACGACUACUCUGAGACGUUCGGCUACAGGUGCCACGUGGCAGCCUCCUAUUUGCUGCAGCGCGCCCGCUAUGACCGCACACCACCCUCCAAGCGCCCUCUGUGCCCCCCCCUGCCGCCUGCUUGGGCUGCUGCUUCUGGCGCGUGGGGAGGGGCGGGGGAAGGAGGAGAGAGAGGGAGAGACGGGGGGGAAGGGAGAGAAGGGGGUGGAGGGGAGGCAGAGGCGGACAUGGACUUGAGGGUGGCGCGCUGCUCUGCUCGCGCGCUCUCUGCCUUGCUGCCUGCUGCUCUGCGCCACGGCUCUCGUGCUGCUGCUCACGGGGAUGCUGCUGACGGUGAGGGGGGGGGCGGCAGGGGAUUAUGGGUGGAUGGGCGUGUCACAGACCAGGGCGGGAAAGGGCACGCAGGGCAGGCGGGCAGUGGAGGAGGUGGGUGGAAGCUGGGAGCGGUGGGCGGGGCGCAUGGCUCACGGGUGGGCGGGGCGCAUGGCUCACGGGUGGGCGGGGCGCAUGGCUCACGGGUGAGUGUGGAGUGGAGGCGAGUGGGGGAGAGGGAGAGAGGGUCGACCACAUGGGAGGAGAGAGGGGCUGAUGCUGCUGGUGGGGCAUGUGUGGCGGAUGGGCAUGGAGGGGGGAGCGUGGGCAUGGCAAUGGAUGUGGACUCGCCUGCGGCAUGCCCACCACUGCCCCUCCAUGCGCUCUCAAGCACCGCAGCGCCACCACGGCAGCAUGAGCAGCAGGGGACGUGCAUGGUGGCGGUGCGAGUGGUGCCGGCGGGCAGGGGGGCAGCGCAGGCAGCAGCAGAGCUGUGUGUGCCGUCGCCUCAAGACUUCCACCGCUUCUGCUUCCGACGCAAUGGGGCUUCUGUGCACGGGUGGGUCCUUCCUUGCACAGCAUGGGUGCACCAUGUGCGUGCUCUCUGUGCCACUCCAAUCUUCUCUAUCCUCGUCGGAUCUGCUGUGAGCGUUCACUCACCUCGUGCCAGUCCCCUGCGCCUAGGCCCAACUCUUGCUCUUGCCCUUCCCCUCCAACUACCGCCUCUGCCCGUCUACCCUGGCAGCGUCCGUGCCUCUGCCUGGCGUGGAGUUGUCCUCCCUCCCUCUCUCCUCCGCACCAGGCUCGGCUCCGUACCUGUUGCCAUGGCUCGGAAGACGAAGCGGCAGGUGCAGAAGCAGAAGCAGAGGGAGAGGCGGCGAGGCACAGAGGAAGAGCAAUAUGUGGCGAGCUUGAGGGAGACAGAGGGGCUGCAGAGGAAGGAGGGCGACGGAGCCAGGGGAGGGGGUCAAUGGUGUGGGGGGACAAGGCGCGGGAUUAGGGAAGUGGUUGGGUUUGUGACGAGUGCAGCACCGCGAGGCAGCAAGAGCCGAGUGUCGCUUGGGUGUGUGCGAGCAUCAGCCUUGCACGCAGCUGCGUGCCGCCAGUACUCCUCCACCAUCCCCUCCCUCUCCACCAUCCCCUCCAUCUCCACCACCUCGCCCUCUGCCGCGCUUCUUCCUUCCGUACGAGUGCUGCUGCUCAUGCGCUGCCCCGCCUCCUCUGCCUUCCGCCCCGUGCUCGUCUCACUGGCUGCGGAAGACUCGGGACACCUGGCAAGCACCGGAUGGUCGUGA